AUUCUAGGCGCGACAAGGUCGCAACCAGCACAACCACCUCAUACAAUCAGUAUGUAACUAUGGACAAGACGCGGCCGAAUGAGCGUUCAAACAGAACGCAAAGUUUUCGGCCAAACAUCUUUCAACCGAUGUCACCUCCGCGCGUCAACACCGACCCAGCGACAGCAACAGCAGCGUCCACCACACGCACCUCAUCCAGGCGGCCUCAUCUCCACGGCCUACAUCACCACCCGCACCACCACCAUCAUCACCAUCACCACCGUCGACACCACCACUCGCGGGAUGUCAAAGAUACCGUGCAGUCGGCCACGCAGCUGACGCCUCCUACGAGCUUUGGCGACUUGUUGAAGCAGGCUAGUAAGGGGAAGGAUAGCUCCGGAUCGGAUGGGAGAGCAGGUCGUGGUCCGCAGUGAAGACGUAGAGAAAGAGCGCAAGAAGGCACAUGCACGAGCAAGAGAACUACGUGCAGCGUUUCAAGACGCUUCCGAACAGUCACUCAAGUCGUCCCGCCGCCUCGAUGAUACAUACUACUCUAUUCUGGAGAAAGUCGGCGUGCUUCGACAAACAAUAGGGAGCCUACAGGAGCUAUCCAGCAUGACGAAGGAACUACAUGCAAACCUGGAAACAGAUACGAAAGAGCUGGUCGAUGAUGUACAAGGACAAUUCGAAGCGUUUGGCGACUUCGAGACACAGAAGUCACAAGUUAAUGACCUCGAAGAGCGGAUUAAGGCAGGAAAGGAGAAAGCAGAUGCACUGACGAAGCGGCUUGAAAGUGCGAGGCAACGUGUCGAGGCUCGCGCAAAAAUUGAGGCCGAGGGAGAGGCCAAAAUAUCUCGCCGUCUCCGUAUAGUCUGGGGCGUAGCAGUGCUGGUGCUCUGUAUGAUUGUCGUGGCUAUACUUUUCCAGCAAUUGAAGCCUACUCGAAGACCCCAUGCGCAUCCUUCACUGCAUUUCGAAGCCAGGCAGAAUCUAAUUGACAUCAUGGAAGGGAUGCCAGAAUCAGCGAAGCAGGCCCUCGCUGUACCAUUAUCGAGUCGGCCAACCAGAAGUUCAAAGUUUGCGCCAACCCCGUCAGUCCUGGUGGAUGAUGAUCGACUGCGUAUAUUUGAUGAGCUUUGAUCAAUGCGAUUGCAGCUGCUGUUUUGCUUGCCAACGAGCACGACAUAUUUUAGACACAGAUGAUAGACUACAAUGCUCGAUGAGUGUAAUAUCUAGCUUUAAUGAAUUAAUCUACUUGUCACAGAAUUGGAUUUCAAUUCAAGAUGACACAAAAAGUACUUUUUUUUGAAGAUCCUUUAUUAUUUCUCAAACAAUCAUCUAUUCUUCUUUAGCAUGGCUGAAAUUCCAGUUAUUAAGAUAGCCGCAUCCGGCCUAAACAUC